AUGGAGACAAAGUUGCGGUUGAAGGAGGAUAAAAAUGAGGACAAGCUUGGUAUUAGCUCAUUGUCGGUUGAGCAUGUGCUCGAUGAGUUCGCAAAGGAAAUCAGAAAUAUCAAAAGGGAAGAAGUAAGCGAGCGGGUGAGGAACGUCAUCGUAAACCGAGGAGUCAUCACUCGCCGUGCGAAGAAGUAUGCACAAAGCCUUAAGGGGAAGAAGAAUCCUCGGCUUGUGUUUGCUAGAAAUCACCAAGGAAGUGAGUUUGAAGGCGAGUUCACUGAGGCAGUGAAAGCCGAAAUGGUGCAGGAGAACUACUUGGUCCACAAGUGUCGUUUUAUACGGUGGAGGACAGUGGCAUGCGGCACUAGUGGUUGGGUGGGCCAACAAGAAGGGUUUCGGUAUUACGAGAGCCAAAACUCGCAAGGGAUUGACUGGGGAUAA